UUGAACUGUUAUUAAGAACUUAGAAUUGUGGAGGGAAGUAUUACACUUCUCAGGAUAUAGCCUGCCAAAAAUGAUUAGAAGUAGAAACAACAAAUGUUAGGUAAACUAUUCUAGGGACGGAAUAAUAAUAUGACAAGCAGGUCUGAACUGUGAUAAAUUAUUAGAUGAAAACUAUCAGAAGGAUUCUGCCCUCUCAGUUGCUCUGAAACUCAGUAUUCAAUUGUUCAAGACUCAAAUUUCGAUCACAAUGAGGGAAAUCGUACACCUGCAGGCAGGCCAGUGUGGCAACCAAAUUGGAGCCAAGUUCUGGGAGGUGAUAAGUGACGAACAUGGCAUUGACCCCUCUGGGACAUACCACGGGGACAACGAUCUGCAACUUGAGCGAAUAAAUGUGUACUUCAACGAGGCAGCAGGUGGGAAGUAUGUUCCUCGUGCAGUGCUUUUUGACUUGGAGCCAGGGACGAUGGACUCUGUGAGGUCUGGUCCAUUUGGCCAGAUCUUUAGACCAGACAGUUUCGUCUUUGGCCAGACCGGAGCAGGUAACAACUGGGCUAGAGGUCACUACACAGAGGGAGCUGAGCUGGUGGACUCUGUCUUGGAUGUGGUGAGGAAGGAGUCAGAGAACUGCGACUGCCUCCAGGGCUUCCAGCUCACACACUCGCUGGGCGGAGGCACUGGCUCUGGCAUGGGCACACUGCUCAUCAGCAAAAUCCGAGAGGAGUAUCCAGAUCGCAUCAUGAACACUUUCAGUGUGGUUCCUUCACCCAAGGUCUCAGACACAGUAGUGGAACCUUACAACGCCACCCUGUCUGUCCACCAACUGGUCGAGAACACAGAUGAGACCUUCUGCAUUGAUAAUGAGGCCCUGUAUGACAUCUGCUUCCGCACACUCAAGCUCACCACACCCUGCUACAGUGACCUCAAUCAUCUUGUCUCAAGCACCAUGAGUGGUGUGACCACCUGCCUGCGCUUCCCUGGACAGCUCAAUGCUGAUCUGAGGAAACUGGCCGUUAACAUGGUUCCCUUCCCCAGACUGCACUUCUUCAUGCCAGGCUUUGCCCCCCUGACCAGUCGGGGCAGCCAGCAGUACAGAGCAUUGACAGUGCCUGAACUCACUCAGCAGAUGUUCGAUGCCAAGAAUAUGAUGGCUGCUUGUGACCCACGUCAUGGGCGCUACCUCACAGUAGCAGCCAUCUUCAGAGGCCGUCUUUCCAUGAAGGAGGUGGACGAACAGAUGUUGAACAUUCAGAACAAGAACAGCAGCUACUUUGUGGAGUGGAUCCCCAACAACGUUAAGACGGCAGUCUGUGACAUCCCUCCCCGUGGCCUCAAAAUGUCCGCCACCUUCAUUGGCAACAGCACAGCCAUUCAAGAACUGUUCAGACGCAUCUCAGAGCAGUUCACCGCCAUGUUCCGCCGCAAGGCCUUCCUCCACUGGUACACAGGCGAGGGUAUGGAUGAGAUGGAGUUCACUGAGGCUGAGAGCAACAUGAACGACCUGAUUUCUGAGUACCAGCAGUACCAGGACGCCACUGCCGAGGAAGAGGGCGAGUUUGAUGAGGAAGGGGAAGAGGAUAUGGAUUAAACCCCUAUCGCGACCCAAUCUUACAAUGCAAGAGUGAAUGAUAAGUUGUACAAUUAAGACCACAGAGAAGGAUCAUGAAUGUCGAGAAGAAGGACAUGAGGACAGUGGGUGUAACACAAGAAGAUAAAAGGGAUAGGGCAAGAUGGGGGCAGAUGAUCUGCUGGAGCAACCCCUAAAGGGAGAGGCUGAAAGAAGAAUAAAAUGAUUAUACUGAUACAUCAUAAUGCACAGUUAGAUAAUAUAUUCAAAGCUGUAGUGUGUAACCUUUAAAUACAAAUCUGUUACAUUCAAACCAUAAACACAGGUUCACACAAUGCUGAUUUAGCCUAUUAGUUCCACACAUUUCAAUUUGUUUCUUAAUAUAACAGUGUUUUGAUUUUGUAUGUGUGGCAACAUUCCUGCGCUGCACAAAUAAGGAUGAAUUUUAUGUUAUAAUCAGUAAAGGAAUGAUGAAUUACACAGCAUAAUUAAACAAAAGUGUUUCCUGUACUUUCAUUAGCUUUUAUCAAUGCAAAUGUGAACGGUGCGUCAACUUGAAUAAUAUAUACACUGUAUUUGUGAAAACCAGGAAAAGUAAUAAAAAGGUGUGUGCUUUUAGCAGCAUUCACAAACACUUGGGUAUCAUCUUAGCAAAUAAAACCGCUUAA